UCUCGGCGGCUCAGAAUCCUCGUUCCCGACCUAUCUCUCCUCUCCUCUCCUCCGGUGUCCUCUCUCCUUUCCUCCGCGCAAGGCAAUCAUCAAAGAUUAGUUUUGGUUUAGGGUUGGGAUUAGCGUCUGGUUUUCUUCUUCUCCUUGCGUCCUCCUCUUUGGCCGUCUUUGGCCGUCUGCGCCUGCCCCCCUUUUGUUUUUGAUCCGAUCGGGUGGGUGGAUCGAUGGGGAAGAACGAGUUCCUGACGCCGAAGGCGAUCGCGAACCGGAUCAAGGCGAAGGGGCUGCAGAAGCUGCGGUGGUACUGCCAGAUGUGCCAGAAGCAGUGCCGCGACGAGAACGGGUUCAAGUGCCACUGCAUGAGCGAGGGCCACCAGCGCCAGAUGCAGGUCUUCGGCCAGAACCCCGACCGCAUCGUCGGCGGCUUCUCCGAGGAGUUCGAGCGCGCCUUCCUCGACCUCAUGCGCCGCUCCCACCGCUUCUCCCGCGUCGCCGCCACCGUCGUCUACAACGAGUACAUCGCCGACCGCCACCACGUCCACAUGAACUCCACCCAGUGGGCCACCCUCACCGAAUUCGUCAAGUACCUCGGCCGCACCGGCCAGUGCAAGGUCGAGGACACCCCCAAGGGCUGGUUCAUCACCUACAUCGACCGCGACUCCGAGACCCUCUUCAAGGACCGCCUCAAGGCCAAGCGCCACAAGGCCGACCUGGCCGACGAGGAGCGCCAGGAGCGCGUCAUCGCCCACCAGAUCGAGCGCGCCGUCUCCUCCCUCCCUCCCGAGACCCCUCUAGCUUCCGAUCCCAACAAUCCCACCGCAUCUCAUGCGGACGGUGCCAGGUCCGCGAUCACCGGAAACCCCCCCAGCGGAAAGGUCGCAUUUCUACUCCAAUCCCAAUCCGCCUCGGUCUCUUCCAAACCUAAUAACGAGGCUGCGGCCCCAAAGUCCGCCCCCAAAUUAGCGUUCGCCGACGAACCUGAUUCCGAGGAGAAGAGCGCGAAGAAGAGCAGCAGUACUAGGGUUGGUGCUUCAGGAGGUGGUGCCGGUUUGUCGGCAUUGGACGAAUUGAUGAGGGAGGAGGAGAAGGCGAAGGAGAAGAUCAAUAGGAAGGACUAUUGGCUUUGCAAGGGGAUCGUCGUGAAGGUGAUGAGUAAGACCUUAGCGGAAAAAGGUUAUUAUAAGCAGAAAGGGGUGGUGAAGAGGGUCGUUGAUAAGUAUGUUGGUGAGAUUGAGAUGCUGGAGAGCAAGCACGUGCUUAGGGUUGAUCAGGAGGAGCUGGAGACUGUGAUCCCGCAGAUUGGAGGGCUUGUAAGGAUAGUCAAUGGAGCGUAUAGGGGGUCGAAUGCGAGGUUAAUUUCAGUGGAUACGGAGAAGUUUUGCGCGAAGGUGCAAAUUGAGAAGGGGGUUUAUGAUGGGAGGGUUCUUAAAGCUGUAGAGUAUGAGGACAUCUGCAAAAUCUUUCAGUGAGAAACUACUGAUUUGAUGUCCAGAGAAAAGGUAUACACAUUUGCAUUUAUGGCUACAUUUCAUUGAGAGAUAUUCACGAACCACAGGCGAAGGAAGAUAUCUAACCAUUCAAAUCCUUAAAUUGUAUUCAACCUAUGAUAAAAGAACUGAAGUUCAGGUAAAGAAGUAAACAUUUUAGCUCAACAUGUAUGUAUGUCUGUUUUAAAAGCACGAAGAGUAAUUGAUCAGAUUCGCAGGCGUUCCUAUGAGGAAACACUUAUGAUGCUGGAACUCAUGCCUUGUCGAUCAUGUUAUCCCAUUCUAAAAUUGGUUUAUUCUGCAGCAGCAAAUGCUAAUCAUAAUAUGGGUUUGAACGAAGCUGAUUUAUUCAUUAGUAAAGCCGAAACCAAUAGGAAUACUAUUGUGAAAAAGUUAAGACCCCGAGCUCGAGGACAUAGUUAUUUGAUAAAAAGACCGACAUGUCAUAUAACAAUUGUAUUAAAAGAGAAAUCUAAAUCAUUUUUAGAU